GGCUUAUAGUAGCUGACAUGAUGCAGGCAGAGCUGUAGAGACUUCCAGCCACCUGUCUUCUGGAAACCGAAAGGAGCCUAUUCACUAUUAAAACAAGUCCCCGGAGAGGAAGGACAGAACCUGCCACCGGGAUCCCUGGAAUCAUCCUGGCUGCACACGCAGACUCGAUGGCCAUCAGCUGACCCCUCCCCCCAGGAUGACGGUGAGAGAGCGGAUUCGGCAGAACAUCUCGGCUGCCUUCUACCGGCACGGCUUGCUAUGUGCCUCCUACCCGGUCCCCAUCAUUCUCUUCACCUCUGCCAGCAUCCUGACCUGCUGUUAUCCUCUGCUGAAGUUGCCUCUGCCAGGAACAGGGCCUGUAGAGUUCACCACUGGAGUACGAGAUUAUUCUGUCCCGUCCCAUGAGUCUCAUGACCUGUCAGAGCGACCUGAUUGGUAUCAGGGGCCUCCGGUGGCCUAUAUCCAGCAGGUGCUGCUGAAGGCAGCAGUCUCGCCGUGGGAUAACAGUCUGGUUCCUGUGGAUGUGUUCCGCUCUCCCCUCGGCCGUGUUUUCAGUCUUCUGGAGGAGAUCAGAAACCAUGUUUAUACGGACAGAAGUUUGGAGGAGCUGUGUUUGCAGGUGACGGAUCUGUUACCAGGGUUACGGCGCAUGCAGGCGGUCCUUCCAGAGCAUGGCUGCCUGCUGGUCUCCCCUGGCAACUACUGGCAGAAUCGGCGUGACCUGUUUGAUGCGGAUCCAGACCUCCUGAAGACAGUCCACCAACAUGAACCCAAAGGCCUUCAUACUUCAGCCACCCUGAGAGACUUGCUCUUUGGUGUCCCAGGGAAGCAGACAGGUGUAAGCCUGUACAGCAGGGAGAGAGUGGUGACAUACACCAUCACAAUUGCACUAAGCACCUAUGAUGCAAGGUUUGUAGCCAGCCUUCGAGCCCGUCUGAAACAGCUUCACCCUUCAGUGAACUGCAGUCUUCGUGAGGACCACAUGGUGCACGUCCAUUUCAAAGAGGAAAUCGGCAUUGCUGAACUCAUCCCUCUAGUUACCACCUACAUCAUCCUCUUCGCUUAUAUCUACUUCUCAACACGAAAGAUUGACAUGGUGAAGUCCAAAUGGGGCUUGGCUCUGGCUGCUGUGGUUACGGUUCUCAGCUCUCUGCUCAUGUCUGUGGGACUCUGCACAUUGUUUGGUUUGACACCUACACUUAACGGAGGGGAGAUCUUCCCAUACCUAGUGGUGGUAAUUGGUUUGGAGAAUGUCCUUGUCCUUACUAAGUCUGUUGUGUCAACACCUGUCGACCUUGAAGUCAAGCUGCGCAUUGCUCAAGGUCUAAGCAAUGAGAGCUGGUCCAUCAUGAAGAAUAUGGCCACUGAACUAGGCAUCAUUCUCAUUGGAUACUUCACUUUAGUACCAGCAAUUCAGGAGUUCUGUCUGUUUGCUGUGGUUGGUCUGGUGUCUGAUUUCUUCCUUCAGAUGUUUUUCUUCACCACUGUGCUGUCUAUUGACAUCCGCCGCAUGGAGUUGGCUGAUCUGAACAGGCGUCUCCCAGCUGAAGCGGGGAUGCCACCUCCUAAACCCGGACCUUUACGUCCACGAGAGACACCUCCCCGGCCCCGUCCCUCCCCCCACACGAUCACUCUGCAGGCUCCAGCAUUCAGGAACCUCCGCUUGCCCAAGAGACUUAAAGUGGUAUACUUCUUAGCCCGUACUCGCCUGGCACAGCGAAUCAUUAUGGUAGGAACUGUGAUCUGGAUCGGGAUUCUGGUCUACACUGAUCCUGCUGGUUUAAGGACUUUCCUUGCUGCUCAGGUGUCAGAGCAAAGCCCUCUUGGGGAGGCGGGGCUUCCUCAUCUGGGCGUGGCUCCAGUAUUCCCUGGUGGACACCCAACAAGCACACUGAGUGUGCUUGCUGCCCCUGAGCCCACCCCCUUACCAGAGAACCUAUCCCAGGGUCACCGUGCACCCCUUCCGGGAUCUGUGCCUAUGUCCAGUCCCCAGAUCACAUGGGGCUCUGAAGAUGAGGAGCUGUGGAGGCGACUUUCUUUCCGCCACUGGCCCUCACUGUUUAGCUAUUACAAUAUCACUCUGGCUAAGAGGUACAUCAGCAUCCUGCCAGUCAUCCCUGUCACGCUGCAUCUCAGCCCUCAGGAGGCCAUAGACACACGGCACCCACAGGAUACGCACCACCCUCCGCCCCCCAGCCUCAAGACAUCCGAUCUACAGACAGAUCUCACACUCUACAAAGUGGCGGCUCUUGGACUUUUCGGCGGUGUGGUCUUAGUGCUAUUACUCUUUUGUCUGUAUCGAGUACUCUGCCCUCGAAACUAUGGGCAGAAUGGGGUGCCUCAUGGGCGGCGGCGCCGCGGAGACCUGCCCUGCGAUGAGUAUGGCUACUCGCCGCCAAUCAGCGAAAUAUCCCCUCUGCUGCUGAGAGGCCACAGCAUGGACAUCGAGUGUCUGGCCAGUGAUGGCAUGCUUCUGGCCAGCUGUUGUCUGGCGGGACAGAUCCGUGUUUGGGACGCACAGACAGGAGACUGUCUUACUGUUAUACCCAACAAUGGUCUGCGCAGAAGCAGCAGCAGUGGUUGCUGGGAGCACCGUGAUGGCUGGGAUCACUUAAGUGCUUGUGAAACUGAGAGUUUCCUGGGGACAGAUUUUCGGGAGUCUGGGGGAGGAGCUAUGGGAGGGCCAGAUGUUGAUAUUUUCCCAAUAAGGAGGAGGACUACCCCCACACGCCCUGCCCUGUUUGGAAACCAGCCGGACCUCACCCCACUCAUUGACACCAACUUCGGCCCACUUCCCCCAUCUCAGUCUUUGAGCAGCUCUGGCUUUGACUUCGGGGAACUCGUGGAGAAGGCAUACCAGGAGCAUGAGACCUCACCCACACUGGCUUUCCCACCGUCUCCCCCGGCUUCGCAGCAAAGACGACGAAGCCUGGGGGACCAGCCCAUCCUGCCACCAGAGCUGCCCCUGCAGAGCAAUGGAGACUGGGACAGCUCAGUGUGGGCCAUGGAGCUGAGGGGCAACCUCAUUGCCACAGGUCGGAGCAGUGGCAAACUAGAGUUGUGGGAUGCAGUAGAGGGAUCAUUACGGUGCAGUUAUGAAGAUGGAGUAUCAGGAAUCACUGCCUUGGCUUUCCUUAACAACAGAAUUGUGGCGGCCCGUUUGAAUGGUUCACUGGAUUUCUUCACGGUGGAGAUCAACAAGCCUCUUGGGUUACUACAGUAUCGUGGGCCUCCAGGCCGGGGCAGUCUACCCCACUUCCCCUGCUACAGCAGUGAGGAUGUGAUCAACUGUCAGCUGACACGCUCUGUGCAGUGUGCCCACCAGAAACCCAUCACUAUGCUCAAAGCUGCCGCUGGCAGGGUGGUCACCGGCAGUCAGGACCAUACAGUCAGGGUGUAUCGUUUGGAGGACUCAUGCUGUCUAUUUACACUACAGGGCCACUCAGGUGGCAUUACUGCAAUCUACAUAGACCAGACCAUGGUUCUAGCCAGUGGGGGCCAAGACGGAGCCAUCUGCGUUUGGGACGUCCUAACGGGCAGCCGGGUGAGCCAUAUGUACGGUCACCGUGGUGAUGUAACCUCGCUGGUUUGCACAACUUCCUGUAUCAUAAGCAGUGGGUUGGAUGACCUCAUUUGCAUUUGGGACCGUAGCACAGGCAUAAAACUGUACUCCAUACAACAGGAAGUUGGAUGUGGGGCUAGUCUUGGGGUGAUCUCUGAAAGCUUGCUAGUGACGGGAGGCCAAGGUUGUGUGUCAUUCUGGGACCUGAAUUACGGGGACCUGCUGCAGACGGUGUACUUGGGCCAGAGCAGCGAGGGCCAGAGUGUCAGGCAGCUCCUGGUUCUGGACAAUGCCGCAAUAGUCUGUGACUUUGGUAGUGAGCUCAGUCUGGUCUACGUGCCCUCUGUUCUGGAGAAACUGGACUGAAAACACACAGACCAGCCCACAGACUUAGCACUUUGAUAAAACUCAAGAGUGGCCAGCACGAAAGCACUCAACCUUUAACCUGUAUCAUGGCAGGUUCAUUGCAGACAUGUCGUUUCUACUUUGUAGGGAGAGAGCGGUUACUGUUGAGGUCUUCUGCCUCAUCUGAACUGUCAAGCAUUAAUGGGGACACAAAGGCACAACUCGAUCCUUUGUUAUUUAACAGGCCUCUAGUGCUCCAUGAGAGCAUUUUGUACUUUUGGUAGAACAUGACUCAAGUCAACAGAAUGUUCUGAAAGUUUUACUCUCGACAUAGUUACUUGAAGGUAGUACAAAAACUGCUAGCCAUGAAGGGUGGCUCUUUUUGCCUGCCUUAAGAUGUCUGUGUGUGAGUGUGUGAGAUAGGAAGCUCACAGUGAGAAUGCAAUGCUGUCCAGCCCAGUAACUCAUGACUGUGUAACAGCUUGACAUGCAUGUAAGAGAGUUCACAAUAAUGUGUUUGCAGGGUAAAGGGAGAGGAGUAAUGCAAAGGUCAUUGGAUGGACAAAAGGCAUAUAUUUUUCUUAGCAAAAGAAAUUGAGUGCUGCUUUGUGUGCAACUGUAUUUGAACGAGUGGUUUAUGUGAAUCUCUUGGAAACAGUCCGGGUCACAUUUCACCCCAUAUUCAAAUGAAAACAUUUGAAACUAUACCUUGCAUAAAGAAAUGAAGCCUAUAUUUUAGCACCGUUAAGAUAUUUUCAUGACAAAACAAUGUCCCAAAAUAUUUUCAAUACAAUAAUGUGAGAAAACAUUAUAAAUAAAGCUAUAUCAUUUACAUUAUACACUGCAUUUAAGUACAUUUUUAAGUUUACAUCAUGGUAAUAUUUGUUGUACUGAAUGUACUUCAUGCUUUUUAAAAAAAUUUUUUUUAUCAUUGAUAGGAUGAUUUUCAUUAAUGCUUUUUUUCAGUAAUUGUAAAUGGGGGCUUUACUGUGAAAAUAAUAUCACAAUGAAGCACAAAAAUCUCAAUAGUCCUAAAAUAGACUUUUUAAAAUAGUUUUCAUUUUGCAAAAUAUAAUAAAAAAUAAAAACAAUCUGAUUUUGGGGUAAAAUGUGACAAGGACAUUGGUUUUUAAGAUCUGUGAGCGGUUGUGUUUGCAAGAUUGUCAGAAAUACAUACUGUAAACAUCUAAAUCUCGGGGGUAGGGGGGUCAAUUUUUAAUAUUGAAAUCAACUAUUUAUUAGUGACAGUUUUUAACAAUUUGUAUGAAGCUUGGCAUAUUGAUGUUAAAAUGGAGACGUUGUCAUGAAUUUUAAUAUACAGUACAGAAAAGGUUUGACUAACACUUUAAUAUUAGGAUUAUACUGAUUUAGUCAGUAACUGACAGACAGGAGGUAAGUUUUGGCGUAGUUUAUGUUCCCUUUCUAGAGCAGCAAGAUGAGUACCCAGUGACAAGAAAGGGGGAAAAUUGUCAUUCCAGUCCUGCCUUAAACAUAUGGGAGAAAAGUUCCUUGACAGCCCACACUGUGAUGUUUUAUCUGUUUCCUGGACUGAAAUCCUUAUGAAUAUUAAUACUGUUCAUUUUAACCUGUAUUCCAGCUGGCAUUACAGAUCACCCCAAUGUCAUUUUAAUCUAAAUGCAGCUAAUGAUGUCAAAUAUCAGCACAUCUCUGACAGAGUUAGAUUUCCCUUCGUGCAGAAAAGUGGUGGAUAGGGCUGCUUUUAAAAAUAGAUUUGUGUGUGUGUGUGUGUGUGUGUAUAUAUAUAUAUAUAUAUAUAUAUAUAUAUA